AUGACAAAGUGCGGACACCCGAUCGGCAUAGCGCACUACAGCCCAGAACUCCUGGGCUCAAGCGAUCCUCCUGCCUCAGCCUCCCGAGUAGCUGGGACUACAGGCGCGCGCCACCGCGUCCGGCGAGGAUCCUGGGCUUGGGAGGAUUCUCCAGUCCUCCCGCGGCUGUCGUCAGAAUUCCCACCAGCAGAAGGCGACUCUACCUUGAACGGACGCGCUUGCCAUUUCGGAAGAAAGAGGGAAUUCAAGCUGGAUGGACCGCAGCCGGGAGAACGUGGGAACCGGGACGCAUUUUUGGUAGUGUUGUCGCGAGGCGAUCUUCUCCAACGGGCGGCGAGUAAACGAGCAGCCCCUGUUGGCUGCGAGGGUGAUAGCAGCCCUUCGCCAAGAACUUUUGGCGAUGGUCCGGUAGGGGUCAGCGAUGAGGCGGCUCUGGACCGCCGAAUAUCCGAAGGACUACUUCUGGAGAGAGGAGGCAAAAGAGACGGGGUCUCGCUAUGUUGCCCAGGCUGGAGUGCAGUGGCUAUUCACAGGCGCGAUCCCACUACUGAUCAGCACGGGAGUUUUGACCUGCUCCGUUUCCGACCUGGGCCGGUUCACCCCUCCUUAGGCAACCUGGUGGUCCCCCGCUCCCGGGAGGUCACCAUAUUGAUGCCGAACUUAGUGCGGACACCCGAUCGGCAUAGCGCACUACAGCCCAGAACUCCUGGGCUCAAGCGAUCCUCCUGCCUCAGCCUCCCGAGUAGCUGGGACUACAGGCGCGCGCCACCGCGCCCGGCGCUCAGAAAGCUUGCAAAGGAGAUACUAGAAGCUGUGGUGUGA